GGCGUCCGUUCGUCCUAGUGGAGGUGGGACGUGGAUCAGAAUCGCACGUCCUCAUCUGAUUCGUGGCCCUGGUGGGGACAGGCAGGAUCCAGAGUGUUCUUUGGCUACAAGCGGCGGUCAUAUGUGGGAACAGGGGUCUCCGGCGGAGAGAAAAGGAGCAGCGGCGGUGAUCCAGCAUGGAGUUUCUGAUGCAGCCAUUCAGCAGUGUCCUUGAAGAAGUAGGAGAGAGCUUGGUGCCGGCCCCUGUGCUGAGGGCGCCGACGGGAGGCGGUAUGCUGGUGGAGCAGGAUAUGGCGGUCAGAACCACUGUCCUUGAGGAACUAGGAGAUUGGUUGAUGCCGGACGCUGUGCUGCCUUGUUCGAGGGGAGAUGGUACGGUGGAAGAGCAGCAAGUGGCAGAGCAGCCAUGAGCGGUGGACAGCGCGGGUGCUCAGGUUUUUGCUGCCACUGAUGCCCUGGUGGGGAGGAGGGAUAGUUCGCCUCCGACGUCAGAGCUGUCAACUGCGAAGAUGAAUCUCCUGGUUGGAACUAGAGGCUGAGAAUUGGGGCUGCCGCACCGAGCAGAACACCCUGCCCAAAUUAUGUCAGCGCGUUUGAGAAGGCUAGGAGUUAUGCCGACAAACCGGCUGAGAAUUUGAUCACACCAGUGAUUGGCACUACUUUUGACUCUUUGGGUGAGGCUUAUGACUUCUAUAAUUUGUAUUCAUGGGAGAAAGGCUUCGUCAUCCGAUAUGGGAAGGGCCGGCUGAAUCUCGAGAGGACACCCGGGUCUAUCUCGCGCACUACUGAAGGUACUGCGAUGGCUGUACCUUGAGAGGCACAUUGGUGAGUACGAGCGGGCUUAUCUUAAGAAGCAGAUUGCAUACGAGGUGAUCUCAGUGAAGGGGAACAAGGGUGAGCACCCAAGCUUCAUGAUCGAGGAAGUGCUGUUCCGAUGAAGACCGGAGUGGCUGUCUCAUUGUCUGCUUAGUUAUAUUAUGCAUUUACCAUGAGUUUGCAAAAAACUAGUUAUAUUAUGCAUUUACCAUCAGUGGUUGUCUCAUUAUCUGUUUGCAAAUAGUUAUCUAAAAUGGAUCCUGAAGGUCGAAUACAAAUUAUAUUAUGCAUUUACCAUGAGUGGUUGUCUCAUUAUCUGUUUGCAAAUAGUAAGCUAAAAUGGAUCUUGAAGGUCCCGUACAAAUGCUGCUGCUUUGAAAGACUGAAUCUAUGAAUCUAUGAAACUAGAGACAGCAUAGAUUUGGGAGACUGAAUAUUUUGAUUUAUGAAUCUAUGAAGGUAUGCAUCUACACCCAGCCUUGAAUUGAAAAAAACAAUCUAAAAAUGUAUGCAUCUGUCAUGACACCGAAACUAUGAGGCUAUGAAUCUCGAGGCAGUAUUUUUUUAAAAACUAGGAAUAUAUCCAUCUAAACAUGUACAUUAUUCUACAUACAUUAAAAAUACCGCCUCAUGUUUAGGAGUAUGCAUUAGUCUGAAUCUUUGAAUCUAUCCCUUUUUAGGAGUAUGCAUUAGUCUGAAUCUUCUAGGAGUGUGCAUUAGUCUGAAUCUUUGAAUCUAUCCAUCUAAAAAUGUAUGCAUCAGUCUGAAUCUAAAGAUUGCAGCUAUGAUUUUCCAUGGCUGAAAGCAGCAGGGGCAUGGAGAUUAAAAUAGAUGUACAGGGUACGAACCCGGAAGGCCGGCGCCUCCUGGUGUGGCAAGGCAAGAAGAGUCAGCACCGAAUAGCCGUGCAAAAUAAAUGGUUGGGGUUGGACGCCCGCCGUCUGGUGGUUAACGUCUGAGCCGUGGCUCACAACGUGAUGGCCCAUCUGAUCCGCCGCUGCGAGGAGGACGGACGUCGCAUUAAAUAGCCGUAGCAGAGUGGACCAGGGUCUGGAAAAAAGGCGUUCAUACAUCUCCAAAUACAUGGUAAAAUAAUUGGGGUAGUGCUUAUCUUUGCGCCAGCUGACGGCUGAGAUAUAGAGUCCAUCUGAGCUCGAGCUCAGAAUAGACUUUCCCAUAGGUUGGUUGCUAUUUGGCGACUUAGGCGCGAAAUAAGACUGGCCGCUCAGUGCCCUGGCUGGUUCGGACGGAUCGGUUACGUAGUCGGCUGGGGUCUGGGGAGCUGCGAACCUGCAAUCUGAAACGGAUUUGAACCUGCAAAUAUGACUGCCCCAAUCGUGUCACGCGCAUAUAUAUUUCACCGCGCGCUGACAUCGUCUACCCCAAUCCUUCAGCUCCUCGAAACGGGCUCCCCUGACUAAUCAUCAUCAUCGUCGUCUGUGCAGCAGGGCAAAGGGAUGGAGGAACGAGCCAAGUAUGACGACGACAGGCUGAGCGCGCUCCCCGACGACGUCCUGCUCGCCGUCCUCCAGCUCCUCGACGCGGGCACCGCCGUCAGGGCCGGCGCUCUCGCGAGGCGAUGGAGGCACCUCCGCUGUCUGCUUACCGAUCUCACCAUCGACGUCGCCGACCUGGUACCACGUUCUCCGGACCCCUCCUCUCCUUGUCAGACGGUACACGAUAUGAUGACGGCCUACACCGCCGCCACGGCGUGGUUCCUCACCCCGAACAAGCAACGGAGCAUCAAGAGCUUGCGCCUCACCUUCUACCUCGUGGACUCUUACCUGCGCUCCAUCGGAGACGCCGUCGCCAAGAGCGGCGGGAGCGCGGCCGGGCCCCUGGAGUUCACCAUACUGGCGGACGUCGACGUCCUCACCGUCAACGACGCGGAGCGCGCCAUGCUUGCACGGCGCUUCAUGUCGUUCCUCGCCGCUUGCCCCGUCGCCUUCAGUGGGCUCACCAGACUCUCCCUGCAGAACCUCUGCUUCGGCGACUCCGAUAUCUCGGAUCUCCUCGGCACCUGCAGUCGACUAGAGCUGCUCUCCUUGAGCCAGUGUGGCUCUAGCUCCGAAGACAUGCUACUACGCAUAGACGCUCCGACAUCUUCGUUCCGGACCUUGGAAAUCCGCGAGCCUUUCUUCCAUGGAGUCGAGCUGACCAAUGUGCCGAAACUGGAGCGGCUUUUCUGCGACGAAGACGUCGUUAGCUUUCACGGGAGCUGCCCAGCAGUGCGGUUUGGACAUGUUCCUUGCCUUGAUGACGUAUACCUCUCAACGAUACAUCUGCGUUACUACUAUGAAAAUCCAAGAGAGCUCUUCCCCGCCUUCAGUAACCUCAGAGCUAUUUAUCUCAACAACUUGGGAACUCACAGACUGGUGGGGACUCUUUUCAUCCUACAAGCCGCACCUUUGCUGAACAAACUCUCUAUUAAGCUAUACCAGCCUUUUUUUAUUCCCCCGGAUCGCUAUGACUACAAUACCAACACGGAGGGGGAAACACCAAAAUUUGAGCAUCGCAACUUGAGCUUCCUGGAGUUGAAAGGCUAUGCUGGGCUUAGAGAAGACAUCAAGGUGGUGCGAUACAUCUGGCUCGUCACGGAGCGUGCCGCGUGCCUGAAGAAAAUCCACUUACUUGAACAAUGUCCGCUUCGAAAUUGCUAUGGUGCUAGAUGUGCAUGUCAUGUCGAUGAGCCACAUACGACUCUAUUAAGCGAGGCACUCUCUAGUAGAGCAGCUUCGUCUCCAGAGAUAACCGUAGAAUUAAUCAAUGUCCCAUGUUGAAUUAGUUCGUGAAACUGUGACAUUAGCCCCUAGCUUGUGCAGCUUCUUUGUUCAUGGUUGAUUCUGGUUGUAAUCCAUAAAUUGUUUCUAAGCAAACGGUUUUGAGUUGGGAUGUAGUUCAUCGUGAAACGAAAUUUCU